UGUGCCCCCACUUGCUGUGCCCCAGCUCGUUGUGUGACUCUCAUCUGCACCCCUGUGAGCUGUGGGUGCAGUCCCUGCCAGUCAGGCUGCACCAGCUCCUGUGAGCCCUCCUGCUGCCAGCAGUCCUGCUGCCAGUCCUCAUGCUGCACUUCCUCCCCCUGCCAGCAGGGCUGCUGCGUGUCCGUCUGCUGCAAGCCCAUCUGCUGCAAGCCUGUCUGCUGUGAACCUGCCUGCUGUAAGCCUGUGUGCUGUGAACCUGUCUGCUGCAAGCCCAUCUGUUGUGAACCUACUGUGUGCUGUGAACCUGUCUGCUGUAAGCCCGUGUGCUGUGAACCUGUCUGCUGCAAGCCCAUCUGCUGUGAACCUGUGUGCUGCAAGCCCAUCUGCUGUGAACCUGUGUGCUGCAAGCCCAUCUGCUGUGAACCUAUGUGCUGCAAGCCCAUCUGCUGUGAACCUGUCUGCUGCAAGCCCAUCUGCUGUAAACCCAUCUGCUGUGGGUCCAGCCCAUGCACAGCCUCCUCCUGCUGCCAGCCCUCUGUCUGCUCCUCCUCUUGCUGCAAGCCCUCCUCCAGUGUGUCCCUCAUCUGCCGCCCUGUGUGCAAGCCCGCCUGCUGUGUGCCCACCUCCUCUUGCUGUGCCCCGACCUCUUCCUGCAUGUCCCUCAUCUGCCGCCCUGUGUGCAAGCCAGCCUGCUGUGUUGCCUCACGUGUCCAGAAGUCCUGUUACUGA